UAUGGGGGUGUGCUCAUCAAAAAAACACCACUAUCCUCUUCAGAGAAGCUAACCUUAGAGAAAUAUUGAAAUCGACUUUGUCAAAUUGUUGGAGUAUAAUCGUAAAAAGGAAGUCAAGGAUAAUUAGAACAAUUAACAACAACAGUCAUUCUGUUAGAUUUUCUUACAAGAAAAUAAAAAUUCUAAUCCUCAAACCUUUACAUAAAACUUAGCUCCAACAGCAUAGUUAGACUACAAGAAAAUAUGAUU